GUAACAGUGCCGGAGCAGCGGGGCCGAACGGCGGGUGUCAGCGCUGGGCGAGCUUUGGGAACAAACCCCGGAGAGAUAAAUCUCCUAUUUCCCAGCAAACGCCCAGUUUUGCUAACAAGGGGGGAUGCUGGCAGCAGGGAGCUGGCUCAGCCCUGGAGCUAGGGGAUGUUCCCGUGGGGAGCGGGAAAUGGAGACAAGCGGCUCAAAGCCCUUUCCUUGAGUUCGCGGUGUGUGCGCGGAGCCCCGUCCCCGUUCCCGCCGCUCUGCGCUUUCCCUCCCGCUGCUGCAGGGGAGAGAGAAAAAAAACCCUUUUAUAGAUCAUCCGGCUGCACUUUUCCUCCUCCUCCUCCUCCCCCCUCCCGGGUGUUGUGUUACAGCCCUGGGGAGGAUGGCCCGAAUUUGCUGAGCCCCAAUGACCGUCUGCAAACUGCUGACAUCCCCAUCGACAUCCCCCGCUCAUUGCUCCUGCCUCCUUUUUUUUUUUUUCUUUUUUCCUUUUUUUUUUUUUACUCUUCUUUUCGUUAUUCCUACAGGCCCGUUGCCAAACAGGACGAUCCAGGGUUGUCCUUUUUGCCUGGAGAGCAUAAAUACCACUGGGGAGCUCUGUGAGACUGCAGUUGGUACGAGCUGCUGAGCUGAGACCUCACAUUCCUCCUAAGACUUAUUUCAUCCUUUUAUUUUUUUUUACCCCCUUCCUCCUAGUUUAAAUAUUUCAGAUAUAUAAUUAAUUUUCCACAAGGUGGCUUGGAGGAGCUACGAUUUCCUGGGGAGCUGGAAGGAUUCGGCGAGACCUGCGCUGAGCCACAGGAGUCCCUGCAAGGAAACGGAUCAUUGUCUUCAUCUCCACUUGUGCUGGCUGUAGAGGAGGCGGCAUGAACCCUGCCCUGCCUUGGAUCCUUCCUCUGGGAUGUGUACUGUUCCUGGCACAGGCAGCCGAAUGCUUCGUCUUGUCCAACUCAAGUCACCUGGAGAGGAUUCUGAGUAAAUAUCAGGAAGGGGAAGCUCAUUCCAGAUCCAAAAGAGCCAUUUUAUUCUCAGACAGACAGGAGAUACUGAUGCUCCACAAUAAACUGAGAGGUCAGGUGUACCCAGCAGCAUCUAAUAUGGAAUACAUGACCUGGGAUGAUGAGCUGGAAAGAUCAGCCCACGCUUGGGCUCAGCAGUGUAUCUGGGACCAUGGGCCGAGUGCCCUCAUCAGGUCAAUUGGACAGAACUUGGCAGUUCAUUGGGGCAGGUAUCGAUCUCCAGCUUUCCACGUCCAAUCUUGGUAUGAUGAAGUCAAAGAUUACACGUACCCGUAUCCUCAUGAGUGCAACCCAUGGUGUCCAGAGAAAUGCACCGGCUCCAUGUGCACACAUUACACCCAGAUAGUCUGGGCCACGACAAACAAGAUCGGCUGUGCCGUGAACGUCUGCAAGCAGAUGAACGUCUGGGGAGAAAUCUGGGAGAAUGCCGUCUACCUGGUCUGCAACUACUCGCCCAAGGGCAACUGGAUCGGAGAAGCUCCAUACAAGACUGGCCGCCCUUGCUCCGAGUGCCCGCCGAGCUACGGGGGAGGCUGCCAGAACAACCUCUGCUACAGAGAUAAUCGUUACCAAGAUCCCAUCAUCGCUGAGACGGAUGAGACUAACGAAGUGGAGAUUUCGCAGGUCGCGGAGCAAAACCCGGUGCGGUUCUACCCUCCAGAAAGCAAUCCCAGCAAACCUGUGAAGCCCAAGAAAACCAGCCCAGACUCCUACAUGACACAAGUCAUUACCUGUGAGACCAAGAUGAGAGACAAAUGCAGAGGCUCAACGUGCAACAGGUAUUUGUGCCCAGCUGGCUGCUUGUACAGUAAGGGAAAGAUCUUUGGAACAUUUUAUUAUGAGAGUUCAUCAAGCAUCUGUCGUGCUGCGAUUCAUUACGGCAUCCUGGACAAUAAAGGAGGGCUGGUUGAUAUCACGAGGAAAGGGAGGACACUGGCUUUUGUGAAGUCUACCAGGAACGGUGUGGAGUCUUUUAGGAAAAGCAAGCCUUCAAAUGCGUUCAUGGUUUCCAAAGUCACAACGCAGACACUGGAUUGCUACACUACAGUAGCUGAGCUGUGCCGGUUCAAAAAGCCAGCCACCCAUUGUCCAAGGAUUUAUUGUCCAGCCCACUGUAAAGAAGAGCCGUCGUACUGGGCACCGGUGUUUGGCACAAACGUUUAUGCAGAUAGCUCCAGUAUCUGCAAAUCUGCAGUGCACGCAGGAGUCAUUUCAGAUGAAAGCGGUGGUUUUGUGGACGUGAUGCCUGUAGAAAAGAAGAAAACUUAUGUUGGCUCUUUAAAGAACGGAGUCCAGUCUGAGAGCUUGAAGAAUCCUUCAGAUGGAAAUGCUUUCCGAAUUUUUGCUGUGAAGCAGUAAAUUCCCAGGGAAGGUGCAGGUUUCUUUGGGAGAACGCUCUGUUGGUCUCCAGAGACAGGAAGGCUCCUCUGAUGGCAUCAGCUCUGACCGUACCCUCCUUGCCCAUCUCUUUCAGGGAAUUAAAAAAAAAAAGAAAAGGAAAAAAAAAAAAAGACACCAGGUUCUGACUCAGCUGUUCGCAUCUCAUUGCACUCAUUCAGCGUUGUAUCUUUUCGUUUCAUGUCUUUGUUUCUCUAGGGGCAUUCAGCAAAGAUAAACUGUUCUAACUUUCAAUUUCUGAGAGAGGUGUGCUACGCAGAACCGUGGUGGCUUGAUGUACAGCAGACGUAGGGAUCUCAGCCUGGCCCUGGAUGGUCUUUUUAGGGUGUGAAGCAUCUCCUGCCAUGGGCGUGAGGACGGGCACUGCUGAGCAGCCUCACAAGUGAGCGACUGCCCAGGCGCUGGACCCUUUGAAAUGAGAAACUGUUUUAAAAGUUGCAUCUGUUGAAGAGAGGUUGGGCUUUGAUAGAAUGUUUUUUUGCGUACAUUUGAUGUUUUCUGUGCAAAAGAAGAGAAAAUUUUGUAUUUUCCCGAGGAGAUGGCAUGCAUCAGCACUGCUGCGUGAGGCUGCCAGGGCAUCAUGUCAUGUUUGGGGAGAGGAUGUUCUUGUCGGUCAGAUAUCAAAGGUUGUUGGGAAGUGGAGUAGGGUGUGAAAUUCAUGAUGGAGAUCCUUGCUGCAGGAAAUGAGGCCACCAGAUAAUCCAAACGACAGGUUUAGUGUUUGCUGGUCAAACAUGUAGAGGUAUUUUGCAAGUCUGGCAACCUGUGAGAGGUCAGAGAAUUGGGGCUCCUGUGCUGGCACAUCUCAUACUAUACUACAUGUCAUUCAAAUAAAAUUUCAGUUAAAUGCAGUGUAUUGUUUUAUACAGCAGUGCUGGUUGUUUUAUCUGUAGUAGUCAAGUAGUGAUAAAGUUAAUUUUACGUCUACUAGGAAUGGUUGCAUCCAUAGGAAGUGUGUUCACAUUCGUGAAGCUAUUUGUGGUGUGUGCAGUUCUGAGACUUUAAAGAUAUGGCUUAAAUUGGAGUAGAUGAACUUUCUUCUGUUCAGUUCGUGACACUGAUAGAUCCCAGCUUUCCGUGGAAAAGCCAUCCCCAUGAGCAUUUGGUAUUCAGGAUGGUAUGUUUUGUGAAACCCGUAGGUAUUGUAAUGAUGUUGUUUAAUAUUUUGUUAUUUGUCUCAACAUGCAUCCAAAUGCAUUUCGAAGCCAAGAGAAGCACCUAGCAUGACCUGCUCUUUAAGGCAGAAGAGUGUUCUCUGCUUUAGAUUGGAAAUGAGUUUUUAGAAUUGGUCUAAACACAAAUCUGGUUGUCUUUUGUUGCACACGCAUCCAGUAACUUCAUUACUCAUGAGAAGACAAUGUAAACUUUAGUUCCUCCGUUCUGAUAAAUGCAUGGUCCUUCUGCUUCAUAACUUGAUUGUAAUAUUGUAUAACGAAUGGGAAAGUAUUUCCCUCUAUUUGGCAGAUGUCUUAUAGCUGCUCUUAUGCUCAGGCUAUGUUUGGUUUAAUCUGGACAGGUAUAAAAGCCAUAUCUUCGAGCUGUUUCAAAACACAGACCAAAAUUUUUCAUGUGAUAAAGCACUUAUUAAUUCUGUAAACACAAUGAAAUCAGCAAGGAAAUUACUUUUAUCACUCAGUUUGACUCACCGGUGGGGCUUCUUUCUCUGUGAAACCUGAAUUGGGUAAGAGAUCUUUUGUAAAAUAUGAAUUGGAACUGCUUUGCAUGGUCUCCAAAAGUGCUACGCAGCUCACCUGCCUUUGGGGUGGAUAGAGAGAAAUGACUGUGUCGUUAUUCAUAUAGUAUCAUCUUCCAAGGUGUAUAGUAUUUACUUGAGAUAGAAAAACCAAAGUAUUUUUUUUCUUGCUAGGUAAACUGAUGUUUAAAAACAGCUGGAAUGUGUCUUAGGAAAGCUGCUGGUUGGAAGCAUUUGAGACGUUGGCAGUGGGAUAAGGCUGCCCUGUUCCUGCCUGCUGUGAAUAAUUGUGCGAUACGUGGUCUGAUUCAAGCCAAUUAAAUACUGCAGCAUGAAUCUAUGACCAUCAUGGGCCAAAUGGUAGCCACGGGGUUAUUUAUUGAGUUGGAAAGUGCAGGAGAUGCGGCCGCAAAAGCACAUAAAACACCUGAAUGCUAAUGUAGGAUCCCACCUCUAAUGUGCUGUCCAUGAUAAUUACAUAUGUUGUAAAACAAUGGAAAGAAAUCUGAGGGCUCUUGAAGAAAAGUCCAGGGGAUUAUUGUGGGCACAUAAAAUUCCAAACAGCUUGGGAUGUAUCUACCUGAUGGAAAGGGGGUGAGGGAAGAGUUAUUAUUCCAACAGAAAUAUCCUAAAAUGCUUAAUUCAAGUUACAAUUGCAUAUUUUUAUCUUCAGCCAACUGGUUUGGGUUUUUAGAAACUGAUGUUAAUUUAAGUAUGUAUCUGUUUAUUUUUAUAUUUGUUGUACAAAAGAGAAAUUGUGACUUUACUACACAAAUAUUAUUCGAGGUCCUGGGUGCUAUUAAUUUAAACAUACCUCCACCAGAAUUAGGGGCGAUCAGGUCCUCCAAGGCAGUCAUGAUAAAUCAAUUACUUGCAAUUGUGUGUGCUAGCUAUUCAUAUAUAGGUGGGACAGUACCAGUUUUUAGCCAAAUAUUUACUGAUUUUAUUUCUGAUACCAAAACAUUUCUCAGCUGAAUAUAUUUCAACGCAGCUUAAAGAUGCAGCACAUCUUUCUACCACCAGAUCUGUUCCUCCAUAGAUCCCAGCUCAGCAUGUGCCAACUUACUGCAGCAUCUGGUUAAACCCUUGGUAAAGCUGGUGCUGCCUGGUUGUUCUUUUCCAUUAAACUUGUUUUUCAAACCAAGUUUGCCAGCGUGGACACUGCCAUUGUAGAGCCAUUGUAGAGCAUCUGGCUCAGCGCAGCCGAAUCUCCAGAAAACACAACCGGCACGAAAGCUGGUUCUUCAUUUUCAGACAUUCAGCUGAUUAAGGAGUCUCCGGUUGGUCAGUUGUGCAGUCUAAAUGUUUAGGGCCAGUUCAUAGAGUUGCUUUUUUUUUUUUUUUUUUUUUUCUAUGAAAAAUGAUGUAUUUUACUUCCUAUGUACAAAAGUUUCUUGUAAAUUUUUGUGUGCUUUUGCAUGUUUUUCAAGGGGCUGUGUGUUUGUUUAUAAACUAUAAUUUUUUUUCUAAAUACAGAAUUGUAAAAUAACCCCUUCACCCCCAUUUUCUUUUGAUUUCUGAAUUAUUUGUGAAAUAAAACUUUCCCAGAA